AUGGACUCCUCCGAAUCUAUCAAGGCCGAGGUCAUCAAGCAAGUCAAGACCCAAUACGCCCUAGAAAACGCAAGACUACUAAUCGAGAAGAUCAACGAGCACUGCUUCGAGAGGUGCGUGCCCAAGCCGGGCCCCUCGAUUUCGAGCAGCGAGUCGACCUGCUUCACCCAGUGCAUGGAGAAGUACAUGUCGGCAUGGAACUCAGUAAGCUCGACAUACAUCGACCGAUUACGACGGGAGCAGUGA